AUGUUCUCUCGUGCCUUGAGGGUACCGCGGGCUGCGGCCCCGUCGCUGCGCGCUGCUCGUGCCGCCCGCGCUCCCACCGUCGCCGCCUUCAGAUCCGUCACCACCGAUGCCGCAUCAGCCUCGCUCGAGAAGGGCGUCCCGGAGGAAGACGAUAAGCCCUUCCAGGUCAACCUGAGCGACGAGAGCUUCGAGACCUACGAGCUCGACCCCCCGCCCUAUACCCUCGAUGUCACCAAGAAGGAGCUCAAGCAGAUGUACUACGACAUGGUGGUCACCAGACAAAUGGAGAUGGCCGCCGACAGACUAUACAAGGAGAAGAAGAUCCGAGGUUUCUGCCACUUGUCCACCGGCCAGGAGGCCGUCGCCACCGGUAUCGAGCACGCCCUGAACAAGGAGGACGACGUUAUCACAGCCUACCGAUGCCACGGUUACGCCCUGAUGCGCGGCGCCACCGUCCGAUCCAUCAUCGGUGAGCUGCUGGGCCGCCGCGAGGGUAUUGCCUACGGCAAGGGUGGCUCCAUGCACAUGUUCUCCAAGGGCUUCUACGGUGGAAACGGUAUCGUCGGUGCCCAGGUCCCCGUCGGCGCCGGUCUGGCUUUCGCACACAAGUACACCGGCCGCAAGCAGGCCACCGUUAUCCUGUACGGUGACGGAGCCAGCAACCAGGGCCAGGUCUUUGAGGCUUUCAACAUGGCCAAGCUCUGGAACCUGCCCGCGCUCUUCGGUUGCGAGAACAACAAGUAUGGUAUGGGUACUGCCGCCGCCCGUUCGUCUGCCCUGACGGACUACUACAAGCGUGGCCAGUACAUCCCCGGUCUCAAGGUCAACGGUAUGGACGUCCUCGCCGUCAAGGCCGCCGUCCAGUACGGAAAGCAGUGGACUACCAACGACAACGGCCCCCUCGUCCUCGAGUACGUCACCUACAGAUAUGGUGGUCACUCCAUGUCCGACCCCGGUACCACCUACAGAACCCGUGAGGAGAUCCAGCGCAUGCGCUCGACCAACGACCCCAUCGCCGGCCUCAAGACCAAGAUGCUGGACUGGUCCGUCGUCACCGAGGAGGAGCUCAAGUCGAUCGACAAGGAGGCCCGCAAGCACGUCAACGACGAGGUGGCCGCUGCCGAGGCCAUGGCCGUGCCCGACACGACCCCCCAGAUUCUGUACGAGGACAUCUACGUCAAGGGCACCGAGCCCCAGUUCAUCCGUGGCAGAACGCCCGAUGAGAACUUCUACUUCAACUAA